AUGGAAGUGAUUGAAAAAGGUGAUGGAGGUGUGUUUUUUGUAUAUGGUUAUGGUGGAACUGGAAAGACGUUUCUUUGGAAGACAUUCUCAGCUGCAUUACGAUCAAAAGGUGAAGUUGUAUUAAAUGUUGCAUCCAGUGGAAUUGCUUCACUUUUGCUGGAUGGUGGUAGAACUGCUCAUUCAAGGUUUGUAAUUUCAAUCAACAUUAACGAGAAUUCAAUAUGUUCGAUAGAGCCUAAUACUGAGUUAGGUGAUUUAAUUAAAAGAGCAAGAUUGAUUAUUUGGGAUGAAGCACCUAUGACUCACAAGCAUUGUUUCGAGGCUCUUGAUAGAACAAUGAGAGACAUAUCACGUUCCAGUCAACCGAACAUGCAAUCGAAGCCAUUUGGGGGAAAGGUCAUUCUAUUUGGUGGUGAUUUUAGACAAAUUCUUCUGGUCAUCCCUAAAGGUACCAAAACAAUGAUAGUCAAUGCUUCUUUGAGUUCUUCUUACAUAUGGCGGCACUGUAAAGUACUAAAGUUAACUGAGAAUAUGAGAUUAAGAGUUGGUUGUCAGGAAGCGGAUUUGAAAGAAAUAAAGGAAUUUGGAGAAUGGAUUUUAAAGCUUGGUGAUGGUCUGCUUGGUAAAGAAAACGAUGGUGAGAUUGAUAUUGAAAUACCAGAUGAUUUACUUAUUCAUGACCAAGUCAAUCCUAUUUCUUCUCUCAUUUCAUAUAUAUAUCCGGACAUGAAUAAGUUUUUGUUGGAUUUAACGUAUUUCCAACAAAGAGCGAUUCUUGCUCCAACUAAUGAAGUAGUGGAUUCAAUAAAUAAAGAGUUGUUAGAGAGUCUGCCUGGUGAAGAAAAGGUUUAUUUUAGUUCAGAUAGUUUAUGCCAAUCGGAGGAAGAAUCAGAGCUUAAUAUGGCGUUGUUUCCUCCUGAUGUGUUAAACAAUCUUCGUUUAUCUGGUUUACCUAAUCAUAAAUUAGUACUGAAAGUUGGUGCUCCGGUGAUGUUACUCAGAAACAUUGAUCAGGAAAAUGGAUUGUGUAAUGGUACACGUUCACAAAUCACGAAGCUCGGAAAAGUUGCGAUUGAAGCAAAAAUUAUCACAGGGACUAAUAUAGGUCAUCAUACUUUGAUUUCAAGACUAAAGAUGACACCUUCAGAUAAAAGAAUACCAGUGAAGAUUUCUCGAAGACAAUUCCCACUUUCACUGUGUUUUGCUAUGACAAUGAAUAAAAGUCAAGGACAAUCAUUGGAGCGUGUUGGUUUAUAUCUUCCACGUCCAGUGUUUAGUCAUGGCCAGCUCUAUGUUGCUGUAUCUAGAGUAAAAAGUAGGAAGGGAUUGAAAAUUUUGAUUUGUGAUAAAGAGAAACGAGUCUGUACAACCACUACUAAUGUGGUUUACAAGGAAGUUUUACAAAAUCUAUGA